GUACAACAUCGAUCCUGGCUUAUACUGUCCAUUUUUCUCUCUUGGAGCGUGCAUGGAAGGUUUGAAUUCUUUGUUCAGUCAGCUCCUAGGAAUCUCACUUUAUGCUGAACAGACACAGAGAGGAGAGAUUUGGUCUGAAGAUGUUCGAAAGUUGGCUGUUGUUCAUGAAACUGAAGGUUUGCUAGGAUACAUCUAUUGUGACUUCUUUCAGCGACCUGAUAAACCACAUCAGGAUUGUCACUUUACAGUUCGUGGAGGCAGGCUAAGGGAAAAUGGAGAGUACCAGCUGCCUGUAGUUGUUCUUAUGCUUAGCCUGCCCCAUUCAACAAGGGGCGCACCAACGCUACUAAGUCCUGGCAUGAUGGAGAAUCUCUUCCAUGAAAUGGGACAUGCUAUGCAUUCUAUGCUGGGAAGAACUCGGUACCAACAUGUCACUGGAACCAGAUGUCCUACUGAUUUUGCUGAAGUUCCCUCAAUUCUGAUGGAGUACUUUGCAAAUGACUAUCGAGUGGUUAACCAGUUUGCAAGGCAUUAUAAAACGGGACAGCCACUACCAAAAAACAUGGUGUCGAGAUUAUGUGAGUCCAAAAAGGUGUGUGCUGCAGCUGAUAUGCAACUGCAG